AUGCGCUGCCGCCAGCCGGCCGUCCGCACGCUUCCCCGCCGACGGGCUCGCCGGACCCUCCCUGCGCGCCUUCCCUCCAACGGGCGCAGGCCCCUCCCGGCGCACCUCCCCGUCGACAGGGGCCGGAUCCUCCCCACGCGCCUCCCCUCCGACGAGCUCGCCAGCCCGUUCCCGCCUCCGGCGGCUGCCGCGCGCCGUCCCAGCCUCCCUCCGCUGCCACGCACGCCAUCCCCGCCGCGCGCCGCCAUCCCGAGCCCCUCCGCCGUGCGCCGCCACUCCAAGCCCCGCCGCCCUGCGCCUGUCACCCCCCGCCUUGCGCAGCAUCCUACCGACCGGACCAGCCGCCGGCCGAAUCCAGCCACGCUCCCGAGCUUCGUCUUCUUCCUCGCCGAAACACGCGACAGCCACCCUAGUUCAGGCGUACUUGUCGAUCCUGCGUACCAAUAUCUUAUGGGCCAUUUGGUGAAUGAAACAUUAAAAGCAUUCAAGGAGUCACUUCAUGAGGCCCAAAAAAACCAGGAAUUCCAUGUUGCCGCUUGUGAUUGUGCUCAAUCAUUCUUGCAUAAGUUCAGAAAAGGAUGCGAAGAUGCUACUAUUCAACAAGUGAAAUGGGAUCCUGCAAAUUUCAUGAAUAAGCUUAAGCAUGCCAUGGACGAUCAUGUGGUGUCAGUUCAUGCUCUGAAAACGAAACUGGCAGAUAUUUGUGGCAGAUAUGAGGGGAGACUUACAAGAGCUCUAGCAGAACCAGUCAAGGAGUUUCUACUUUCAGCUCCAUAUAACACCUGGGCAGUUAUUAAAAUGCUUCUUGCAAGCGAGACAAAAGUUGCGGUUGCGAAUCUUAAACUUGCUCUUUUAGAUUUGGAGGCCCAUGAAGAUACAGUGAAAGAACGGCUUUCAAAGCUGGAAAAUCAUGGAAGGAGCGUUGUUGAAUCAAAGUCAAAAGAAGAAGCUGCAACUAUCUCAGUCCGCAUGAUAGACAGGUUUAGGAAAUUAUUCAGUGCCUGUAUGUCAAGAGAAAAGAAAGGAAAAAUAAAUGUACAAGCAAUUGUUGAAUCUGCCCUCAAUGAAUGUAUGAUGAUGCUUUGGAUAGUAUCGGCAAUUCAGUUAGAUGGAGACGGUGAAACCUUUAAAAUCUUUCGCUCCCUACUAAACAAGUUACCAGAAGGCGAUGAAGGGCCUCGGACGAUAGAUGAUCCACUGGAGCUAAUUCUAAAGGCGGGAACUUUAAUCUCCCCUGAAGUGUGCAAGUUAAUCUGGUGCAAAUUCAUGGUUGAAGUUGAUCCUAUUGUCACCGCGGCCCUAGAUGCUGAGAAAGCACACAAGUGGAAGAAACGGAUGAGCAGGAUUCAUAUUGGAUUGAUAGUUCUUAAUGUGGCUGCCAGCACGGCGGUAUUCGUGACGACUGGGGUAGUAAUACCGAUUUUUUGA